AUUAGAUGCAGCUGAGUAAAGUAAAGAGUGUGGAGCUGUUGAGAGCCAAGCCAGAGGAGCUGAGCAGCCGCUGCCUGGACUCCUGGAACUCUGCCUUAAGCAACCCUGUGGGCCCCACUGGGUGAGCGGCAUGUGGCACCCCCAGGCCUGCCCAGCGAACUUUGGCCUGGUGUCCAGCACCCUCAGGAGGCCCUGACACCCUGGGGCACUUUUGCUCUGUGCAGGACCACGUGAGGGUUUGCCAUGGUGACAUAAAGGGGCACAGAGGAAGGAAGGAGCGAGACCAGCCUGCGGACUGUGCCCCUGGCUGGGAGAAAGGGCCAGGGGCUCCAGCCCUCCACUCUGCUGCCCACUGAGGACCUCUCUUCCUAAGUCUCUGUGAAUUUCUUGGUUGGUGGAUUAUUCUUGUGUCUCCUGUGUGGGGCCUUGGGGUGACCAGGCAGGCUGGGCCUCCAGUGGUCGAGGCCUUUAGGACCAGAAUGCCUGCUGUGGCAUGCCUCCGGAGGCUCUGUCGACACCUGUCCCCACAGGCUGUCUUUUUCCUGCUGUUCAUCUUCUGCCUGUUCAGCGUCUUCGUCUCAGCCUACUACCUGUAUGGCUGGAAGCGGGGCCUCGAGCCCUCGGCUGAUGCCCUGGAGUCUGACUGUGGGGACCCACCGCCUGUGGCCCCCAGCCGCCUGCUGCCACUCAAGCCCAUACAGGCCAUCACCCCUUCCCGCACGGACCCACUGGUGCUGGUGUUUGUGGAGAGCCUGUACUCACAGCUGGGUCAGGAGGUGGUGGCCAUCCUGGAGUCUAGCCGCUUCAAGUACCGCACAGAGAUUGCGCCUGGCAAGGGAGACAUGCCCACACUCACCGACAAGGGCCGCGGCCGCUUUGCCCUCAUCAUCUACGAGAACAUCCUCAAGUACGUCAACUUGGAUGCCUGGAACCGGGAGCUGCUGGACAAGUACUGUGUGGCCUAUGGCGUGGGCAUCAUCGGCUUCUUCAAGGCCAACGAGAACAGCCUGCUGAGUGCACAGCUCAAAGGCUUCCCCCUCUUCCUGCACUCCAACCUGGGCCUGAAGGACUGCAGCAUCAACCCCAAGUCCCCGCUACUGUACGUGACGCGGCCCAGCGAGGUGGAGAAGGGUGUGUUGCCUGGGGAGGACUGGACCGUGUUCCAGUCAAACCACUCCACGUACGAACCGGUGUUGCUGGCCAAGACGCGCUCCUCGGAGUCCAUCCCCCACCUGGGUGCUGACGCCAGCCUGCAUGCCGCUCUGCACGCCACUGUGGUCCAGGACCUGGGCCUCCAUGAUGGCAUCCAGCGGGUGCUGUUUGGCAACAACCUCAAUUUCUGGCUGCACAAGCUAGUCUUCGUGGAUGCUGUGGCCUUCCUCACAGGCAAGCGCCUGUCGCUGCCUUUGGACCGCUACAUCCUGGUGGACAUCGAUGAUAUCUUUGUGGGCAAAGAGGGCACGCGCAUGAAGGUGGAGGAUGUAAAGGCCCUGUUUGAUACACAGAAUGAACUACGCACACAUAUCCCAAACUUCACCUUCAACCUGGGCUACUCAGGGAAAUUCUUCCACACAGGUACUGAUGCGGAGGAUGCUGGGGAUGACCUGCUGCUGUCCUAUGUGAAGGAGUUCUGGUGGUUCCCCCACAUGUGGAGCCACAUGCAGCCACACCUUUUCCACAACCAGUCUGUGCUGGCUGAGCAGAUGGCCCUGAACAAGAAGUUCGCUGUCGAGCAUGGCAUUCCCACAGACAUGGGGUACGCAGUGGCGCCCCACCAUUCGGGUGUGUACCCUGUGCAUGUGCAGCUGUAUGAGGCCUGGAAGCAGGUGUGGAGCAUCCGCGUGACCAGCACGGAGGAGUACCCCCACCUGAAGCCAGCCCGCUACCGCCGUGGCUUCAUCCACAACGGCAUUAUGGUCCUCCCUCGGCAGACCUGUGGCCUCUUUACACACACCAUCUUCUACAAUGAGUACCCUGGUGGCUCCAGUGAACUGGACAAGAUCAUCAAUGGGGGCGAGCUUUUUCUUACUGUGCUCCUCAAUCCUAUCAGCAUCUUCAUGACACACUUGUCCAACUAUGGGAAUGACCGCCUGGGCCUGUAUACCUUCAAGCACCUGGUGCGCUUCCUGAACUCCUGGACCAACUUGCGGCUUCAAACUCUGCCCCCGGUACAGCUGGCUCAGAAGUACUUCCAGAUCUUUUCUGAGGAGAAGGACCCACUCUGGCAGGACCCCUGUGAAGACAAACGCCACAAAGACAUCUGGUCCAAGGAGAAGACAUGUGACCGCUUCCCUAAGCUCCUCAUCAUCGGGCCCCAGAAAACAGGUACCACAGCCCUCUAUCUGUUCCUGGGCAUGCACCCAGACCUAAGCAGCAACUACCCCAGCUCAGAGACUUUUGAAGAGAUCCAGUUUUUUAAUGGUCACAACUACCACAAAGGCAUUGACUGGUACAUGGAGUUCUUCCCUAUCCCCUCCAAUACCACCUCCGACUUCUACUUUGAGAAAAGCGCCAAUUACUUUGAUUCUGAAGUCGCGCCACGGCGGGCAGCAGCCCUACUGCCCAAGGCCAAGAUCCUCACCAUCCUCAUCAAUCCAGCGGACCGGGCCUACUCGUGGUACCAGCACCAGCGGGCUCAUGAUGACCCAGUGGCUCUGAAGUACACCUUCCACGAGGUGAUCACAGCCGGCCCCGACACGCCCUCCAAGCUGCGGGCCCUCCAGAACCGCUGCCUGGUCCCAGGCUGGUACGCCACCCACAUCGAGCGCUGGCUCAGCGCCUUUCACGCCAACCAGAUUCUGGUCUUGGAUGGCAAACUGCUACGAACAGAACCUGCCAAAGUGAUGGACUCAGUGCAGAAGUUCCUCGGGGUGACCAACACCAUUGACUACCACAAAACCUUGGCGUUUGACCCAAAGAAAGGAUUUUGGUGCCAGCUGCUCGAAGGAGGAAAAACCAAGUGUCUGGGCAAAAGCAAAGGCCGGAAAUAUCCAGAGAUGGACUUGGAUUCCCGAGCCUUCCUGAAGGACUAUUACCGGGACCACAACAUCGAGCUUUCCAAGCUGCUCUACAAGAUGGGCCAGACGCUGCCCACCUGGCUGCGGGAGGACCUCCAGAACACCAGGUAGCCCUGGCCACGGCAGGCAGACUGGACACCUGUGAGCUCGUGGCAGCAAGGGCGUCCUGCUGCCUGAGCCAGACUGACCUGCAGAGAGGGGUGCCAGGCCAGCCGAGCACAAUGAGCAAUACUCCGUGGAGGCCCGGCCAGGGCCAGGAGCAGCCCAGCGGGUCUGCGAGGGCCUCCGAGUACCGCCUGCCGGAUAUGUGGCCUGCAGGACCUCCCUGGCACCAGAGGUCCAUUCCGUUCACAGCCUCGCUGCAGAGGCCACUUCUGGUUGGUGGAAGGCCACUUUUCUGGUGAGAAGGAGUCCCGAGAGACUCCUUCCUAUCCCUCACUGUGUUCUACCACCCUGUCCUCUCCUCCAUCCUGCGGCUCCCUGCUCCCUCAGGUAUCCCCUCAGUAUUAGCUGCCAGAGCCCUGUCCUCCGAACAACAAGGAGAGGAGCCUAGCGGGGCCUUUUGCCAAAUCAGGGGGAGAAACUCGAUGCUUCCCUGAGUAUUCCAAGCGAGGACCUUCUGAGGGAUCAGAGGUAGCCCCUGGAUGUAAGUGUCCCCCCUGAGAAGGCGCAGAACCUCCACAUUUGGGUUAACACUGACACAUCUCACCUUCCUUUUUGGAGAAAGAAUCUCUGGUUGCUUCAGUAUCCCACCCAGUGCCCAGGGUGUUCUGCAGGUCCCAGGCCCUGCCACGGGGCCUAGAGACGCAGGCCUCAUGGCUGUUCCCUUUCUUCACCCUGGAUGUGACGUGUGGUGUUUCCUGUGGUGAAAGGCUGAGGUGGGCCUGCGGUCUGCCCGUGUCCAUGCUCCUGUGUACGUAUACCAUCCCCACACCUACUGCCUUGACCGGCAGACUGGUGUCCACAGUUUUGCCCCCAGUGACCUGUGGCUGAGGGUCCCCAGAGACCUCCCUGUUAACCUCCCAAAUACUAAGAAGCUAAAGUAUUUUAAUAUUUUGGUUUUUUUUUUCUUGGUGCCAGAGUUUAUACCCUGGGUGCUGGGGUCGCACUGUGUUAAAUAUAUAUAUAUAUGUAUGUGUAUAUAUAUGUAUGUAUACAUGCAUGUAUAUACACACAUAUGUA